AAAAAUAGCUCGAAGCCCUCGACUGCAUUGCUCCUCUCCCAAACCCUCGCGAUACAGUCGCAGUAGAAGCUAGCUGGGAACGCAACGACGGCGGGAUCGCGGCUUACAGACAUGGUGGGAGUAGAAAAGUGAGGGUCUGUUGGAUUUCUAUAGCCUAGGGCUUCGUGCAAUUCUCCAGUUCCAUAUUUCUGUCCCAACGCAUUCACUUCUUCAAUUCUUUUGGAUCAUCGAUCUUCUUGGCAUGUCGAGAUAUCGAGGGAUCCUGGUGUUACUGGCGCUGAUCUGUUCUUCAUCUUCCAUCCACGCGGCUUCCAUUGUUCGGCCGAUUUCCGAAUCGCACCUAUCUGCAGCCUCAGAGCUGUUCGUACCCGUCAAUGAAUCGUUUGGAAGCUUAGAGAACACUUAUGAGGCUCUCAGAACACUUGAGAUCCUAGGACUAGAAAAAACUUAUGAUGUAAGCCGUGCAACAUGCAAGGCCGUUGUAGAGAAUCUGGGGUCAUCAUCUUCUACAGCAAAAGACUUGUUUUUUGCGUUGAAAGUGAAUUCUAUCUUGAAAUGCGAGACUGAAUCCAUAAAUUUUGAAGGCAUUGCAUCAAAGCUUCUGGCGGUGUUAAAAACAGCUAAUUCGUUACCAGAUUUUUAUUACUCCAUUGGAGGUUUACUUCUUGUUAAGAAGCAAGGUUCUGAAGUAAUUUUACCAGAUGCUGCUGGUGUGUUUCAUUCCAUAAAGGCACUAAGUCAGAGUGAUGGAAGAUGGCGCUAUGAUUCAAAUGGUGCUGAAUCUAGCACUUAUGCUGCUGGACUGGCGCUCGAAGCACUUGCUGGACUUGUUUCCUUGGCUGAUUCUGAGGUGGACCAGUCUAUGAUUGGAGUUGUGAAGAAUGACAUUGGCAAACUGUUUGACAUCAUAAAAAGCUACAAUGAUGGUACUUUAUACUUCAAUGAUAAACAUUUCCACACGAAUGAUUACAGAAGCCCGCUUGAGAUUUCAGCUGCGGUGGUGCGAGGUGUGACAAGAUUUGCUGAUGUUUCUUCUGGGAGACUAAAUAUUCCAGGCAGCAAAAUUUUGGGCUUGGCUAAAUUUUUCCUGAGCAUAGGCGUUCCUGGAAGCAGCAAAGACUUAUUUCAUCAGAUUGACUCUCUAUCAUGCUUAGAAAACAAUAGGAUCUAUAUUCCACUAAUCAUCUCACUUCCGGCCACUGUUUUUUCAUUGACCUCAAGGGAUCAACUCAAGGUUGAUGUGACUACAGUAUUUGGUGCUGCUGCACCUCCGUUAACGGUGAAACUAGUGCAUGCAUUCAAUUCAAAUUUGGAGGGAAAACCCAUUAUUGAAAAUCAGGAACUCCACUUUGACAAAGAAAACUCCAUUCACUAUUUGAACAUUGCAUCAUUAAAUUUGGAUGUUGGCAAGUACAAAUUCAUUUUUGAGGUUUCCCUUCAUGAUCUUGAGGAUGAGAACAAGUAUACCACUGGAGGACAGACAAGCUUUUCAGCAUUUUUUACAGGGUUAAUCAACAUUUCCAAGGGUGAAAUUGCAAUUCUAAAUAGCGAUGGUGGGAGUGUCGAUACGAUUGAAAAAUUAGACUUAUCAAAGGACAGCUCUUUAUCAUUAUCAGCAAACCAUCUGCAGAAGUUUCGUCUAUCUUUUCAGCUUACCACUCCACUUGGAGUCACUUUUAAGCCACAUCAAGUGUUUCUUAAAUUGAGGCAUGAAACCAAAGUGGAGCACAUUUUUGUAAUUGAUAGCUCAGCAAGGCAGUAUAAACUAAUAUUGGAUUUUCUUGGUUUGGUGGAAAAAUUUUAUUACCUCUCAGGAAAAUAUGACAUCGAACUCACCAUUGGUGAUGCUACAAUGGAAAAUUCUUUCUUGCGGGCGCUUGGCUCCAUUGAACUGGACUUACCUGAUCCACCCGAGAAGGCGGCGCAGCCUCCUCCACCGCCUGCUGAUCCAUACUUGAGAUAUGGACCGAAAGCAGAGAUAACUCACAUUUUUCGAGAGCCAGAGAAGAGACCACCGAAGGAGCUCUCACUCGCCUUUUUGGUUCUCACCUUCUUACCCCUCAUUGGCUUCUUAAUUGGGCUGAUGCGACUGGGAUUAAAUCUGAAGCUCUUCCCCUCUUCCCCUCUGCCCGCUGCAUUCAGCAUACUCUUCCAUGCCUCCAUUGCAGCAGUUCUUCUUCUUUAUGGGCUUUUCUGGUUCAAGUUGGAUCUCUUCACGGCUCUGAAGGGCCUUUGUUUCCUUGGCCCAUUCCUGGUUUUUGUGGGCCACCGGACUCUAUCCCACCUUGCAUCAACAUCUGCAAAACUCAAGGCCUCUUAAGAAGUUGUAUUUUCAGCUUAUAAGGUAUGAAAAUUGUGUUUUUUUUUUAAAAUAAAAAAGACAAUUUUGAGGCUUAAAUUAGUUUAAUAGGCUGGAGAAGAGUGUUGUAUUUUAGCUAAAUAUUUAUCUUUUGGGUUUUAGAACUGUUAUUUUGAUUUUGGGAUGAUGAAUAUUGUUAUGGAUUAUAAUUUGAUUAA